AAACAUUUUUUUUCUAUAUCCUUAUAUGAAAAUGCAUGCGUAAUUUUUCAAUAUAACAAUAGACCUAAUUUGAUUUUGUUUUCGUGAAUCCCUUUAGCUAAAUUAAUUUCAUGUUGGGCAAAAGGUGUGUCGCUAUAUGGUCAAACUUUCAACUUCAUAUUUUUGCAGGUUGUGUUGCAAGAACAUUCACCUCUGAUACAUUUUCUUAUACUGGAUUCCGUAUUUGGUUUUUUGUGCUUAUUAAUCCCUAGGUCCUUCUCUGAAGAUUGAGAACUUGCGAAGAAUUUUGUGGCUGUAUAUGUGUGCGCUUAUGUCUUUUGUGAUCAUUAAAUUAUUUUUUGUUCCUUUUUCUGCACUUGAGAAGCCAGCUUCUGUUGAAGUGCAUAGCAGACAGCAGUUUUGAAGCUUCAACCUCAGGCUGAUACUUACUUUAGGUGAACAAUGAUUUCUGUAAGGGAUCAAUAUCACCUGACACUACUUAGCAUUGGGAUACUUAUCCAUUAACUUGAGUUGGCAAGUUAGCUGUUUUUUGCUGUUGGAGACUUUUUUCUCUAUCCCUCCCAACUUUUAAUGGUUGUCAUGUCUUCUAAAGCUGUUCCAGCACCUUUAAUGUUGCGAUUUUUGUCUAUAUGAUGAUGAAGCUGCUUCCACCAGCUGUCAGUAUCUAUCAUUUGAUUGAGCUUCUUGUUAGAGUAUGAUGGUGAAUGGACACAUAUUCAUGCAUUCAAUGCCUUCAUUCUUGGGUGCGUUAGAGGAUUGGUAAAACAGAAAGUUUCACUGACCAGACUUUAGUCUAAUGGUUUCAUCCUCACCCUCUAGAAGUGGUUCCUUAUUCAAUUCUUGGGAGAUGUUUUUCAACUAUUUAUAUACUUCUAUGAUGGUGUUUCAUUGACAAGACAAUAGUAAACCAUGAAUAUAGUAAUUUUGCAGCGAAUAAAAAUUUGGAGCUUUAAGUUUGUUUCUGUUGUAAGGCUAGAUUCAUCACUUAUUAAAUCUGCAUGCUUAUUGUCAAACAACUAGCUGUUGUAUUCUUCUUUGGCAAAUAUCAUCUGUACUCCAAGAAUGGUAUUAAUGUGAUAUUUUUGACCUCCUUAUCCUAUCGUUUCUUAGUUGGUGUCUAAUUUGUUUUUAAAAUUGGCUAUUCAACUUUUGGAUGAUACGAACCGAGCUUGCAACUCUUUCUAUCCUAGGAGGAGGAAAAUCAAAGUCAAAUGGAAGUGGUUCGGGUGAGGAUAAUAUUUCUAAGAAAGACCUGGCUCUACAACAAGCCUUGGAUCAAAUAACCGCUCAAUUUGGUACAGGGGCAAUCAUGUGGCUUGGUCGUUCGCAUGCUCCUAGAGAAGUUCCUGUAGUGUCAACAGGCUCUUUUGCAUUGGAUAUAGCAUUGGGCAUUGGUGGGCUUCCAAAGGGACGUGUUGUGGAAAUUUAUGGCUCAGAGGCUUCUGGGAAAACAACUCUUGCUCUGCAUGUGAUUGCUGAGUCACAAAAGAAUGGAGGUUACUGUGCUUUUGUAGAUGCUGAGCAUGCUCUGGAUCCAUCAUUGGCAGAGUCCAUAGGUGUUAAAACUGAAAACCUACUCCUCUCACAGCCAGAUUGUGGUGAGCAGGCACUUAAUCUUGUGAACACUCUGAUCCGAAGUGGUGCUGUUGAUGUUGUGGUUGUGGACAGUGUGGCAGCUCUUGUGCCUAAAAGUGAGCUAGAUGGUGAUAUGGGAGAUGUGCAUAUGGCCCUUCAAGCAAGACUGAUGAGCCAAGCUCUUCGAAAGUUGAGCCAUUCUCUAUCUCUCUCCCAGACAAUCUUGCUAUUUGUAAAUCAGGUAAGAUCGAAGCUGAGCACAUUUGGAGGAUUCAAAGGACCAACUGAAGUUACUUGUGGUGGCAACGCCUUGAAGUUUUAUGCAUCUGUUCGAUUAAGUACUAAAAUAGCAGGUCUCAUUAAAAAAGGUGAAGAGGUUUUAGGUACCCAGAUCAAGGUAAAAAUUGUGAAGAACAAGCAUGCUCCUCCUUUCAAGGAAGUGCAGCUUGAACUUGAAUUUGGGAAAGGGAUAAGCCGUGACUCAGAGGUUAUAGAGUUAGGCUGCAAGCAUCAGUUCAUUACAAAAACAGGGGUUGCGUAUUACUGCUUAAAUGGUCAAAAUUUCCAUGGUAAAGAUGCCUUAAAACGUUAUUUUGCUGAAAAUGAAGUUGUCCGGGAAGAGCUGAUGAUCAAGCUCAAAGAGAAACUGACACAGGCUGAUACAAAUAACAGAAGUUACAAAGAUGAAAUCUCAAGCAAAGAUACACAGGAGGAAAUAAUUUCCAUGCAGACUACUGAUGAGGAAGUGGUUGCUGAGGUUGAGGCUCAAAGCAUUAGUACAUAAAGAUGAUGCUCAUGGCACAUAAAAGCCUAUGCCAUUGGUCUAUGCUAAUCUAAAUUCACCUGGUUCUGUUCAAGCUUUUGGUGAAAUCCCAAGUAAAAUUUCACAAGAUUUUGUCUGGGAGGUUGGAAUUCCUAGCAGCAAGUUCACAUCUCGAAUUCAAAACGAUCCUAAGUCGGUGUUUGUUCCUAUUAUCCAGCAUCCAACAAUCUUUCAAAAGUUACCUUGGAGAUGAUGAGAGCAAGGUCGUGUAUGAAGUCACUGGAACACUACUCCUAAUUGUAUAUAUUAUAGUGGCUACAUCUUAUUCCACAGUCUUGUGGUCUUUUAUCCAGGUUUUGUCUUGUGAGUCUCAAUGUUGAAGAAAUAGCAGCAAUGAAAACUGAUAGAUACACCACAGCCUGCUACAGAGCCAACUUCUUCAUCAUGGAGAAUUGGAGAUUACAGUCCUUAGUACCUUUUUGGUAGGCUUAUGCCAUACAUAAAUCUUUCGGUUUUUUGUUUAAUAAGUGAUGAAGACGAAAUUUGAUCCGAAGAUGCUAUCGAUAGUUAAAGCAUUUACCAGCCAUACGUAAAUAUCGUCAGUCAUUCGUCCGCGGAUGUAUCUCAAUUGCUUUUUGUUUGUAUUAUUUUAGUAGAUCAGAUCUGUUGAAGAGUAGAACAAAUGUAAGUUUCUACAUAGUUGCUUGUAGUAGCAUUUCUAAAUUUUUACCAA